UGUGUGUGUGUGUGUGUGUGUUACAGGGGAACAAGAAGCAGGCGGUGGAGGAAGGCUCAGAUUGUGCCUCGUCUUCCUCACCAGCAGACAGACUGUCGGGGCGGUCGCUGCCUCUCAAAGCUCGAUAUGGAGUCAACGCCUGGAAACGCUGGGCGAUGUCUCCUGACCAAUCAGACGACACCAAAGUAAAGGACAGCUCCAAACCAGGUCGGUCUAAAAGCAACCUGCUGUCUCUGAGCUCAGAGGAGCUGAACGCCGCUCUGUCCCGGUUUGUGAGGGAGGUCUGCCGGCCGGGAGGGGAGCGCUACUCUGCGGACAGCAUCUUCUACCUCUGCCUGGGGAUCCAGCAGAGCAGCAGCAGAACAGCAUGGCUGCAGACAGGAGAGCAGGAGAGCCCAAAGUCCUCUGGAGGGUGGUUUUUCUCAAAGAAAAAUCAUCUUCACUCCAAAGGCCGGACGGAUGACCUGUUCAGCGACCCGUGCUACCUGCUCUUUGGAGAAGAGCUGAACAAAGUCUUGAAGGACUGGCAGCCCAGCGUGCUCCCUGACGGUGAGUCCAUUAAAACAUGUGCCUUCAACAAGAAGUGA